GUCUCAGACACUGAGUACAUGACAUGUUCCCCAGACUUCAGAGACUCCUGCAUCACAUGGAAAAAGGUACAGGAAACUGAAAGAGAUGGCAAAUGGACCGGCCCUGUCCACUGCUAAACGUGGGGAAAUAUACAUUGGAAGCGAAAUUACACAUUGCAUCUCACUUUUGGAUGUUGUCUAUGCAAAUCAGUUCGAAGGAGAGAACAUAGAUCCAACGGUUGCUGAUGAGACCGAGAAAAACUUCUACAGAGGCGCCCCACCCGAAUGGUUAAACUUUCACAUUAGUGAACAGGCAGAGGCAUAUGGCACGGGAACUCCUUUCAUCGGACGAGAUGGAUAUGAUACACUUGUAAAACAAAUUCAGAAACAGAGAAAAAUCCCUAGAAUAUCAGUUGUUAAUCUGUUCCACCAGCCAGGAUGUGGGGGGACCACGCUGGCCAUGAAGGUGUUGUGGGACUUGAGGAAAACCUUCAGAAGUGCUGUUUUAACAGACUCAACCUCAGACAUCACAGAAGUUGCAGAGGAGGUGGUCCACCUUUUCACAGCAGGCAGCCGAGGCCAUCAGAACACUGUGCUGCUGUUAGUAAAUGAUGAGCAGAUUCUGGAAGAUCUGCAAGAGAGCAUUAUGAUGAAGAUUGCUGAGCAGAAGAUAGUCAUCCAUAUGCCUGUGGUGAUUUUACUCAGCUGCGUUAGAAAGGAUGAAGUUCUACAGGGUGACCAAGUUUUCCUACAAGAUGUACUUUCUGAGACAGAGGAGAAAAAAUUCAGUGAGAAAAAGGAAGAACUUUACAGAAGGUUCGGUGAUAAAUGCAAACAAUUCCAUGGCUUCAACAUAAUGCAAACCAAUUUUUCUCAGGCUUACAUCCAUGAAGCAUGCUCUGUAUUCAAAAACAUCAAAAAAGCAAACAUACCAAAGAAUACCCAGCUUGCUGCCUUUCUAUCCCUGCUGAAUGCCUAUGUACCAGGCUCAUAUCUCCUGGAGUCUCAGUGCCUGGAUUUCUUCAACCAUGACGACUUCAUCCAUGGAGACUUUUCACUGGAGGAUACAAUGGAGCCCUUUAGCCAUCUCAUCAUCACCUUCCAACCAGAUGGAUCUGAAAAGAGGGUCUGCAUGGCUCACCCUAUGAUAGCACAGUGCUGUACUAAAUUGAUGGCUGAGGCAGGUGUGACCAGAAGUGACACAGCAAGAAACCUCUUGACCUGUUUGUGCAGAGGUGACAUUCCUCCAUUUUUGGUUGGUUUUGUCAAAGACAUGCUCACCAAAAGAAGACCAAAACCAAAAGACAUGAAAACUGAAGAGAACCCAAUCAGUAGUGAGGAGAUGAAAGAGGAGCCAGAACGAUUUUCAAGACUGAUUCUGGAUAUUCAAAAGAUGGAGGGCAAGAAACAGUGUGCAUCAGUUUUAAAAACGGCAACAAAAAAGUUUUAUCAAGAUCCAUUUUUUCCACAAGCACUUGCUCGUUUUUAUUACAUAGAACUAAAAUACUACAAUCUGGCAGAAAUGUGGGCAAAGAGAGCAAAGCAAAGAGAUCCCCUCAAUUCAUUCAUUGCGGAUACACUGGGCCAAGUCCAUAAGAACCAUCUGAAGAACAUAGAGUGUAAUGCCACACCAAGAGAGAUUUUGCAGCUUGCCACAAAGGCUGUUGAAGCUUUCAAAGAUGAAGAAAGACUUGCUGAAAAUGAACUUGGGACAGACAUGAAAAGAGAUGGCAAGGCCAAAGUCUCACAUUUUUUCAACACCAGGGGGAUGUUUGGUUAUCUACAGGUUUGCAACCUUGUGUAUUACCUACUUGUCAGUCACAACGAAACGUGGAGAGACGUUCUCACAAAGAAUGUGUCCUUGGGCUCUUUCCUUGAAGCACUUGGAGACAACAAACUCUUCAGAUUUUACAAUCUAAUAAACAGCCUCAGAGAUGAAGUUGACAGAAAAUGUGCAUUUUUUGACAAAUAUCUGACAUACUCAAAGCUCAGCACGAAGAAAGAUGAUCCCUCAUACAUUUCCGAAGACACCUCAGAAUGCUACAGGAAUUAUGUCGGAGACUCCCCACUGAAGCAUUUCAAACAAAAAGGGGCUGAUCUUAUCCAGAAGCUUAAACAAAACCAGGUGGACACCUCUGCUGCAGUACUCUCCUGUCUUGACGGAGAAUGGACUGAAUCAGACCAUAAAGAAAUAACCACAUGGUGGGAAGAACUCUUUCUGCACAAAGAUUCAGUAACAGCACUGGCCAACUUCAUCCUCGCAAUUCUUCCCUCUAAAUGCAGACAGAGAGAAGAGAGAGAAUUUAAACUGCCUCUGAUUCCUAAAGAUUCACCUGAGCUCCACAUGUUAGCCCUCCUCCUGUGCUGGCCUACAAACAGUGAAGACAAAUGUGUCAUCGACCUCGGUAAAUUGAUUCUGGGUAUGAAACGUGCCUACGAACAUGCAUACAAGAUACACUUUCGAUCAAGGUUCCUCCGCCCUCUGUUUUUCAUUGGAAAAGGUCAAGAUUUGGACAGAAUUGUUCACAGUAAGGUCCUCGAAAAAAUAUUUCUUGACUCAAAUCAGGAAACAAUACAAGAUUGGAGCAACAACUGGAGCAACGAGAAGAUUUUCCAAGAGCCUGAGGUCCAAGCACGCCUUCUCAGAGUGACAGGGGAGGUACGCAACUGUAGAGUCUAUGCAAAUGUUGGUGGCACAUCGAUUGAGCUGGACGCAAACCUCCGAAACAGCCUCUGGAAACACCGCCAAGUAUUUUUUUACCUUGGCUUUACCAUCAGAGGACCUGUAGCCUUUGCCAUCCAGACAAAACCUGCAGAAAAGGGUCAGCAUUUUGUGGAUCGCCAUCAGACAGCUCUGAUUGAGAGAGUGACGGAUACAGGAACCAUCCUGGAUAAGCUCAUGGAUAGGGGGGUGAUCUCAGAUGAGAAGUAUGAUGCUGUGAGAGCUUUAAAAACCACUCAAGACCAAAUGAAGCGCAUUCUUCAGUGUUUGGCUUCAGCCAGCACAAGAGACAAAGACGCUCUCUAUGAAAUCCUGAAAGGGAUGACAAGUAUGAAGCCUCUCAUAACUGAGCUAGAAGAAUCUGAAUAAAGGAACAAAACAUAAAUGUCAAAGGCAGUGCUGUGCCCUUGGACAUUUGACACAAAGGACACUGGACACAAUGUUAUCCAUCAAAUGUUUAGCCUCCCCCUUACAGGGUCAAACAGUCAAGUACUUUUAGUAAUGAACUUAUUAGUCUCUGCUGUGAAAAGAGAUGUUACAGGUUUUUUAUAUCAGCUGAUCUCCAUCAGACACCUCUGAUUAAAAUAGUGACUUCAUUUAAAGGGACAUAAAUGGCAGCACUUUGCCCCAUGAAAAAUUACUAAUUAUAGCUUUAAAACACAACCAGUUAGUGAUGGCCAAAUGAGGCCUCAUGAACUACUGUCUUUAUUUUCUGAAGCCAUCAGAUGGUGCUGUCUGGUCAACAAAGGUUUGAAAGCACACUUCAUUGCAAGUCUUUCAGCCUUUAUCCAGUGCCAUCUGGUGGGGUCAGAAAAUAAAGAAAGUGGUUCACAAGGCUUCAUUUGGCCAUCAUCGCCAGGCAUGUUCCAGUAGAAACAUGAUCCAACAUCGGGGAGAAUUUAACAACAUCAGCAAACAAGUUUACAUGUUUCCCUGACAUUAGCAUGUAGCUACACGUAGCAGUGUUGUGUCGUUGCAGCAGAGGAAUGUUUUUGUAUUGCGACAUUUUCUCCCUUGAAAAAAAUCACCAGUAAAAGCUUCUCAACACAACUGAAUAUGUUGCAGCAGGAAUAUGAUCUGGAAUUGUGGAGAAAUUAACAACAAAGGCAAACAAGACCAUGUUAGCAUGUGGCUUCAUGUAGCAGUGUAGGCUAUGUAAUGUAAACAUUAGCAUUUGUAGCGUGGAGCAGAUGUCCAUAUAAAGAAAUCAGUCAUGAGCUGAUGUCAGCUUGUCUCGAAAGUCGAAAAAAAAAAACCCAAAGGAAACAGAGUAUUCAGAAGGGUCUGAAGCCUGAGGUUUUUGCUCACAGGGAUUACUUUUACAUACUUUUACCUAAUUAUUUGAAACUUAGACCACAAAUAAUAUAAACAUCUGACACUGUAACACAAUAUAUAGGACAGAAUAAAAGGAACAGCAUAAUAGGUCUCCUUUAAGGACACUAGGUUUCUAAAACUUCAAUCAUUUGCUUGGUAUCUAUUUUAGCAUUUUGUGGUCUGGGUUUAUGAAAAAUAUGAAAAUAUUAAAUGAGUUAAGAUGACUAAAGAUCAUGCAACAUGUAAAGAAAUAUGUUUUUUUAGUGGAUAUAUUUUUGAUAUAUAUUUUUUGUACUUUAAGUCUUCUUAUUACUUUAUUUUAUGUUAAUAUUGUGUUUUAAAUCAAGCGAGAUGGGUCAAGCAAACCUAGUGUGAUCGUUAAGGUCACAUUUAAGUACAUUUUUAAAGACAGAUUCUUUUGUUUAAAUGUUGUUUAAAUUGUAUAUGACACUUGUAAAUCUUUAUCAUCUUCAUCGAGCCAGAACCUGGGCAGAGCUCCAGCCAGGGUGGUCAAUUUUUUUUUAUUAUUAUUCCUGUUAAAGUAUGUGAGGGAGAACACAUGACUUUUGAUGUUUCACUGUAAUGUGCUUGACUAAAAACUGUUGGAUUUGUGUGGUUACGAAGAGACUUGAAGGUUGGUUUGUUUUUGUUUUACUUUAUUUCUUACCAGGAAUCCAACCAGGUCCCUUCAGCUAAAUGAUAAGACCAGAAUAAUCUGUACAUUGAGAGUCUUAAUAUAAAAGAGGUGAAUUAUUUCAGUCUUGUUCAUUGAUUGUUUUUCCCUUCGAACUGCUGUCUGUCAUUUUAUGUUCUCUCUGUACUGUUGUGAGAAAAAAAAGAUUAAGAAGAAUAAGUAUACACUCAUCAGCCUCUUUAUUAGGUACACCUAACUAGUACCAGGUGGGACCCCUUCUGCCUUCAGAGCUUUCUUGGUGUCAUAGAUUCAGCAAGGUCCUGGAAACAUUACUCAGAGAUUUUGGUCCAUAUUGACAUGAUAGCAUCACACAGUUUCUGCAGAUUUGUCGGUUGCAUUCAUGAUGUGAAUAAAAUCCCCCACACCAUUACAGCUUCACCACCAGCCUGAACCGUUGAUACAAGGCAGGAUGGAUCCAUGCUUUCAUGUUGUUUACACCAAAUUCUGACCCUACCAUCUAAAUGUCGCAGCAGAAAUCCAGACUCAUCAGACCAGGCAACGUUUUUCCAAUCUUCUAUUGUCCAGUUUUGGUGAGCCUGUGUGAACUGUAGCCUCAGUUUCCUGUUGUUAGCUGACAGGAGUGGCACCUGGUGUGUUCUUCUGCUGCUGUAGCCCAUCUGCUUCAAGGUUGGACGUGUUGUUGGUUCAGAGAUGGUCUUCCGCAGACCUUGGUUGUAACCAGUGGUUAUUUGAGUUACUGUUGCCUUUCUGUCAUCUUGAACCAGUCUGGCCAUUCUCCUCUGACCUCUGGCAUCAACAAGGCAUUUUCACGCAGAGAACUGCUGCUCACUGGAUAUUGUCUCUUCUUCGGACCAUCCUCUGUAAACCCUAGAGAUGGUUGCGUGUGAUAAUCCCAGUAGAUCAGCAGUUUCUGACAGACCAGCCCGUCUGGCACCAACAAUCAUGCCACAUUCAAAGUUACUUAAAUCACCUUUCUUCCCCAUUCUGAUGCUCGGUUUGAACUUCAGCAGGUCGUCUUGACCAUGUCUAUGUGCCUAAAUGCAUUGAGUUGCUGCCACGUGAUUAGCUGGUUAGCGAUAUGUGUUGAACAGGUGUACCUAAUAAAGUGGCCGGUGAGUGUAUAUUGUGUAUACUGUGACAUUUUCUCAGAUUUCUAUAGUCAUAUCGGGUUUUCUUACAUGUACUUAUAUAUACUAAUAAACUCCAAUUAAAGGCAA